ACAUUGUCUUUUCCGGGAUUGACACAGGUCAGGCUGCAGGAGGUCCUUUGAUGAUUGGAAGCAGAAUUAUCACCUUCACACGUUUCUGCUGGCCUUCUACACCGUUUAUUCCUCCUUGGGUCCCGACUUUUUUUUCCUCUGUUACGAGCACGCAAGCGCUGUCUACGCGCGCUCACUGGCUUAUUGGUGGAGCCUCCUUUUGUUUUCCGAGUUCCGAAGGGUAACGGAGUUUCUUUUGUCAUCCUGUGGUGUAGGAAACUGCCCUGCGAUAAGUCCCAGCUGCUUCGCUUCAAUUUUAAGGGGGUCAUGGGGUCUUGUCAGGCGGACUGCCAGUUUCCUACCUGGCAUCCGCGCAUGAAAUCGAUGAGGUUCAGGAAUGCGGCUCCUCCGAAAGUGUGUCUUCUAGUCUUUCUUCUCGCGUCAACUGUCUUCGUAGCAUUUGGGAGUUGUGAAACAUCAAAUGGCGAUUCUGUGGAGGUGCAGAAAUGUGCUACGCUCAAUCGCGUUGCCGAGCCCCUGCCGUUCUUGCAGAAGAAAACGCUUUUCCUCAUUGCCAACGAGCCAGUCCUUGAAAGCCACGUCGUCAGCAAUCUUCUGCAUCAGCUCCUUUACACACUGCAGGUCCCAAACAGCCAUGUGCAACUGCUUGACGAGGUCCUUCUUUCGGAACAUGGAAAAACCAGCCAUGCUACCGUGCUCCCGUGGCUGCUGAAUGUCUACCGGGAGUUACCCGCCGGGAUAGAGUUUGUCUGGCUUGGCACAGCAUACAGUCGCAUAGUCGGCCCUUCCCUUGAAAAGCUUAUGGCCCUUCUGGUGUCUGAGGCUCAGGAAAUGAAUCCACGGAGUCGUGAGUGGUAUCCUCUAGGUCUGUGCGCUGGGUACGGUUUAAAGGAUCCAGUUUUGUCGAGAACUCACCAUUUUUACCAGGAUGAUGCGUUUGUGUAUCCAUUCUUGGAUGCGGGACUCCUCAUGGAUCGGAAGUUUCUCCGCUUUCUUGACCAAACUGUCAAGGAAGAGGGCACGAAGCUGCCGCCGCGCAUCGAGAUCGAUCCCAUUCACGAGCUGUUUAAAUUUCUGUAUCAAACCCGAGGUUUCCUCAUGCAGCAUUCGAAUAUGUUUUGCCCAAGCUCGCCGAUUUCUCGCGACUUCGACCGCGCAGAAGUUCUGUAUCCACCUAAACACAAGAGACCAACCAAUGGCGCCACACCACGCGCUCAGGGAAAUGACGACGCUUCUGAUGCUGGAGGCGAAUACAAGGGAGGAGCGGCCAAGGGGAUGCUUGGCAGCCGAAGAAGUCCGGCACUCAGCACCGCUGAGAAGAAACACAUUCAAGGCUGCGUAUCCUUCGGUGUAGGGUGUAGACACUCUCCAAUUCUUUCUCACCAGUUCUUCGACCGGAUGAUGGAAUUUGAGCAUGACAUCAUGGAACGAAAGGAAGCUCUCGCCGAGCAGUAUCCCAUCGGUGCUGAUGUGAGCGACGACCACCCGGAGUUCCGUGAGAAGGAAGCGGCCCUGAUGAAGGAACGCCCUGUCUUCAUUGCCGAACCUGAGGAUGUUCUAAUCGCCGUCAAGACACAUCCGGCGAAUCACGGAACCCGCGUAAGGCUGCUUAAGAAGCUCUGGGCGGCACCAGAUGUGGUAGUUGAAAUGGCGCAGCGCCGAGCAAAAGCGAGCAACAACGCGCACCCGUUCCGAGCCGCAGUCGCAGAACAAGAGCACGCCAGUCUGGAAAAGCACAUGCGUAAUAUCGCGAUAGAAUUCUUCACAGACAAGACUGACAGUGGCGCCUCUGGCCCUACAGACAUUGUCUCACUUUCAGUAACGUACCCUGGGGAAAAGAGGGCUCUGUGCGAGAAAUUGCGCGGGAUCUUGAAGCACUUCUACCAAAACCACAAAACGAGGAGGUAUCUCGUCAUCGUCGACGACGAUACUCUUGUUAAUGUCCGCCACCUGCUGGAUGCGAUUUCGAUGACCCUGCACCCGCCGAUCCCAGCUCGCGUCUUCUUUCGCCAAGCUCUGUCAGACGAGAACGCAAUCCGGAAAGCCCACGCGCCGUACAAAGCGCUGGCAGAGAGCAUCGACUCGUUCCUAGCUGACUGGAAGGCGAAGCGAGCCCUCCGACCACCGUCAGCAGAAAGUGCUCUUCCAGGGAAACGCGACAGCUCUGCAGCUCCGAAGGAAGGGAGUCCGCAGGGUCGGGGGAACAGAACACAGGGAAAGCAUGAAACAGAGGCAGCAGUCGCGACGCCUGCAAAAAACGCCUUUGUCUCCAAAGCGUAUGUGAAGAACCGGGCUGUGGAGGCCUCGCGGGAGCGAGGGAAAAAGCACCCAGACGUGGUCGACCGCAUUUCUCCCCUUUAUCUCGGACAGCGGUACUCUUUCGGCCACACGCAGGGGGGGGACCAAGGCAAUGGUUACGACUACAUCACCAUGGGAGGCGGAGUGGUUCUGGAUCGAGAGGCAGUCGAGGAGGUGCUGGAAUGCAAAACGUGCCGCUGCCCAGAGGAUGGAACUGGAGACGACAUGAUUCUCGGGCGGUGGAUGCAUCAACUGAAGAUUCCCGCUCUCCACGGACGCUGGUUUCACCAGGAGAAGCCGGGAGACUACCACCCCGAGCACCUGCGGAUGACGACGCCUGUGAGCUUUCAUCGACUGGAGAAAGAAACUGACAAAACGAAGAAAAUUUUCGACAAGUUUGUCGACAUUGGAGAUGGAUUGAACGUCGGUGCUGAAGAAGUGGAUGAUUUUGAAGCCGUCGACUGGAUCGACUUCGACUGGCAACAAGUUGAAGACGCCGUAUGGCAUGAUCACGACGACGGCGAAGGUGACUUCGAUGACGGGGAAGACGAGGAACUGAGUCUACAUUCAAUUGUACAACGAAUUGUGGAAGAAGGGAAGAAACAAGGGAAACACAACAUGUCGCCAGACGAUAUUGCUGACCACCUUGAAAAGGAAGUAAAGGAACAGGAGGAAAAAGAAAAAGCGCAAAAAGAAGACUGGAGCUGGCUCCACGACGAGCUCUGAUCAAAAUCACUUAAUCUGUAUGUGAUCUUAGACUGCAAGACGGUAAACUCACUCUGCCAGAGCGUGUAGAACGAUUUGGGGGAAACGUGGUCUGUUGGGUGUUACACAAACUAAGCGGGUAUAUUUUCACUGCUUUUUAUGGUUGACGCCAAACUCCCAGCUCCGCCUCAAGGCGAAAUGAGAUGCAAGCAAAUGUACGGGUUUUUUUGCGUGUAAGCUGCACCAGAGUCGAUCGUAAACUACGGUAUGAGUGUCGUAUGUUCACGCGAGCGUGAAACCCUGAAACCGGGGGAUCAGAGAGCUGUGUUAACUACCCUGAUGUGGUUUGUUAGCUACCGAGAAGGGAGGGGAUGGCGAUCCAGGCAACUCUCUUCUUACAGUUUCUGUAAAGAAUGUCACGAGUGUUUGUGCAUGAAGAAUCUAGUGAAAAGUGAUUUCAUCGCUGUCUCAGUACUUUCUUUACAACAUAGCAAGCGGCGAAGCCC